UGCACGUCCCAGGUUGCCGCGGGGUUGGACGUGACUCUGUAGUCCACCAACCCAAACCGGUGAUGGCCGCUGGCUCUCCGGCGGGAGUCGGCCGUUUAGCUGCACACCUCAUUGCCAGAGAACGGGCACCGGGAGGUUCUGAAACAAGAUUCCGCUUCUUAGGGCGGUAACGGCGUGUACGGGUUGGGGUGAGGCGGUGAGAGAAGCGAAGCCGCUGUAAACCAUGCUGGUGAGCUCCGGGUCAGUCUGUGGAGGGGCCCAACUUCGCGAGACCGCGCGCGGUGCGAGCCUGUGCCGGGAAGCCCUGUGGAGUUGCUACUGGCCGAAAACUACAUUUCCCAGCAUCCUCUUGGCGCCAGAACUACGUUGCCCGAAAGCCUGAGCGCGAUUCGCCCCGUCUUCUCACCCGGCUGCCUCCAGCUGGAAAACCCGUGAAAUGUGGGGCCGCUGGGUUCUGCCGCUCUUGCGUUGUGAAGGCAGCGGGGGCCGCCGGGUUCCGAGCCUCUGUGGGCGUUUUUCGCCGGCCCUGCGGAGAGAUUUCUUCACCACCACAACCAAGGAAGGAUAUGAUAUGAGGCGAGUGGACAUAACUCCGUUAGAACAAAGGAAAUUAACUUUUGAUACACAUGCAUUGGUUCUGGACUUGGAAGCUCAUGGAUUUGACAAAGCACAAGCAGAAACAAUUGUAUCAGCAUUAACCACUUUAUCAAAUGUCAGCCUUGAUACUAUCUAUAAGGAGAUGGUCACUCAAGCUCAGCAGGAAAUAACAGUACAACAGCUAAUGGCUCAUUUGGACUCCAUCAGAAAAGACAUGGUCAUCCUAGAGAAAAGUGAAUUUGCAAAUCUGCGAGCAGAGAACCAGAAAAUGAAAAUUGAAUUAGAACAAGUUAAACAACAACUGAUAAAUGAAACUAGUCGAAUCAGAGCAGAUAACAAAUUGGAUAUCAACCUAGAAAGGAGCAGAGUAACAGAUAUGUUUACAGAUCAAGAAAAGAAACUUAUGGAAGCAACCACAGAAUUUACCAGAAAUGAUACCAAAACCAGAGGUAUUAUUUCAGAGACUGGUAACAAAAUUGACACUGAAAUUGCUUCUUUAAAAACUCUGAUGGAAUCCAAUAAGCUUGAGACAAUUCGUUAUCUUGCAGCCUCAGUGUUUACUUGCCUGGCAAUAGCAUUGGGAUUUUAUCGACUCUGGAAAUAACAGUGAAACUGCUGUAGUUAUGCAUGCUCCUACUCCUGCUGCUUUGACUGUUGGAACACUGCCUGGAUGGAUUUACUCUGAACAUUGAAAGUUAUAGUAGGAACUGAAUACACGAUUAUUUAAAGUACAUAUGGACUAAAAGGAAAUAUUUUAGAAUGGAAGGUAUAUUUUGUCUUUUUCAUGUAUGUCUUUAUUAUGUUGAAAGAGGCCAUUCAAAACUUGAUAGAUUUGAGAUAGGGCUUUUGUCUUUAUGCUUUUGAUAGCUCAUAGAAACUGAACUAGACUUUUCUUAUGUUUACUUGAAGGACUGUAAAUCAUAGGAUUUCUUUCAUAUCUGUUGCAAAUCUGAAAGCUAUUCCCAAGCCCACAUGCUUGUUAACUGUAUUCAACUUUGUGAUAGCUACUGCACAAUUACCUUUUUAUAUAAAAUAUAUACAAUAACAAAGUUGUUUGGAUUUUAAAAGCAACUUAUCAUAUAGCUAGAGUUAGGUUUUUUUGGUAAUGAACUAAAACAAUAAAUUUUAAAAUAAUAUGUGCCCUAGUUCAAGUAUAUGACACUCAGUAUGAAAUCCGUAGAGUUGUUAAUUUCUAAUUCACAAAAACUGGUUUAUCCCUGCUUCUUGGGAACCCAUCUUAAAUUUACUACAUAAACAAAGCUUUUUAAAAUUCAGCACAUGUCUAUUGGCAUGUAAUCCCUACUCUCAAGAAAGUUGUGGGGAAUUUUUAUAUUUUUGUUUUGACAUUACUGGGUCUAUUUUCUUUGAUAAUAGCAUCUAUUAAUAGGAUAUAUAUUUCAAGGAAAGUACAAAAUAUCAUUUCAUCUCAGACCUUCAGUUUUAGCCAGAUCAAGAAGCCAAGGCCAAGAAGUGCUAAAUAUUUCAAGAUUUCACAUAUGCCUUGGCAAAACUUUUAAGUUUGAUGAUCCAUUAGUUACUCAAAAUGACCUCCAUCAUUUGUUUAGUUAUAAAUAGGGAAUCUAAAUUAUAGAGCAGUCAAAAGACCAGCCCAUAUAUGGUCUAGUGAGUGAGAAUCACUUUCCAACUAAAUUUGUUUCAAAGAUCUAAUGGCUGACUUGUUUACAAAAUAAAACUUUCUGUACUUGUCUUGUA